UCCCCCAAAAAAUGUUAUUCUAUAUCCCAACAUCUCAAAGCUGUAUUCUGGGAUUUUAGGAAGGUUGGAGAAGGUCCAUGGGGAACAAGUCAUGAAAAAAACGGCAUCUUAUAUCUCUUUAUCAAGAAAUGGCAUUGCUUUAGAGGAAUUAUUAGAUCUCUUGUCUUUAGAUGAUGGAGUCAUGAAUGAGAUAAAGCAAUAUCAUGAUGUAAACGUGUCAGUAUUUCCAGAAGCCCUCUGGCUAAAGCUAAGGAAUGACCUUGGAAAUCAUUUGGUAGAACAAAGGACAGACAAUGUGUAUGUUAUUAACUGGGCUCACACUUCUUUUAGGAAUGCGUGUAUGACGCGGUACGUGAAAACAAAGGAUUCUCAGCUUUCUGUUCAUGCAGUUUUUGCUAAUUACUACCUAGAAAGUAAAUGCCGCCAUAAUCAUAGUUUUAAUGACAAAAACAGUCUUAUGAUGCCAUUAUCCUGGGUUGGAAAGCAGGGCAGUUAUUCCAGCAAUGUGUUCAAUCUACGCAAAAUUCUGGGAAUAUCUUACCAUCUUAUUGAGUCCAACCAGUUAAUGCGGCUGAUCACAGAAUGCAUAUUCAACUAUGAGUACCUCUUGCAUAAAGCUUGGGCCACCUCACUUGUCAAUAUACAAGAAGACCUCCAGGCAGCAAGAAAUUCUGAAAGGCCAAUACUAGAUCUGGAUCUGUUGUCUGAUGUUCUUCAACUCUCCAGCAAAGUUUUACUCAGAGAUCCCUGUCAAUUGGCAUCACAACUUAAGGGACGCCUGCACCAGAUAGAAAGCUUAGACAAACCUGUAGCACCAGGUGACCCAAAGAAAUAUCCAUUUCUACCUGCUUUACUGUCUCAGUGUCAACAAUCUUCAAUUCCUGUUUUUGUGCCAUCGUUCACCUGUUUGCUACCACCAGGGGGACUUCUGUUUGAGAGUUUAGCAGGUCACACAGACAGCAUAACAGCAGUAGCAGAAGCACGCAAGGACCUGCAAGUAAUCACAGCGUCAAAAGAUGGCACGUUGAAAUUAUGGGACUUGGUGACUGGAGCUGUUACAUUUACCCUUCAUGGAGUGGGGAUUAACGUUGACUCGAUAACUGCAUGCUUGGAAAAUAGGAUAGUGGCGGUUACCCAGAAGAACUCUUUCCAAGUAUGGGAUCUGUCCCUCAGCAAAAUGAUUUAUGCUGCCAGUGGCUUUUUGGAUGUUCCUAUUAUGGCAUCUGCUAUGGACGGUCAACUCCUUUUGGCGUUUUUUGAUGGAAGCCAUCUGGUCAAGAACUGCAAAUACUUGAGAGUUGUUUAUCUCACUAGGCAGGGCUCUUGA